CCCUGCACCUGUGACUCGGCGGCGCUGCUCCUCCGCUGCCCCAUGGCCCCGUCCCGGCUGCAGCUCGGCCUCCGCGCCGCCUACUCCGGCUUCAGCUCGGUGGCCGGCUUCUCCAUCUUCUUCGUCUGGACGGUGGUCUACCGACAACCGGGGACUGCGGCGAUGGGGGGUCUCGCAGGUGUCCUGGCCCUGUGGGUCUUGGUGACUCACGUGAUGUACAUGCAGGAUUACUGGAGGACCUGGCUCAGAGGGCUGCGGGGCUUCUUCUUCGUGGGUGCUCUCUUCUCCGCAGUCUCCGUUUCUGCCUUCUGCACCUUCCUGGCAUUGGCCAUCACUCAGCACCAGAGUCUCAAAGACCCCAACAGCUACUACCUCUCCUGUGUCUGGAGCUUCAUCUCCUUCAAGUGGGCCUUCCUCCUCAGCCUCUACGCCCACCGCUACCGGGCUGACUUCGCUGACAUCAGCAUCCUUAGUGAUUUCUAGCCCAGGGAAUGAGGUCACUACAGCCUGGGGGAGGGCCUCGGGAUCUGGACUCAGCUUCUGAGUCAUCAAGGGAGCUCACCCCAAUCCCUGGGGACUCCAGAACCAUGGCGUGGAGUAUAUGGGCCAGUUCAGUUUCCCAAAAAUCUGUCUGGACCCCUUUUGGGGGGAAAACAUGGAGCUGAUAAAGGGGUACUGCCAAUCUGCCCAUUAGCCCAGCUAGAGGGCAGCUUAGACCUUUCCAAAUGGAUCUAUUUUCUUAGCACUCUGAGGGAUCUUUGUAAGAAGGGCCAUGACAAUGAAUUCAAUGGGUAAGAUUGAAACCAUGGCUAGUGGCAGGGGCUGGGACAGGCUUCCUUGCUACCCAGACUUCACUGAAACUGUGUGGGAGACAUCAAAGGUCUGGUCAAGUGGGGAUUCUUUAGUACAGACGUCCAUCCCAGGUCCCCCACCCUAUUGUCCUCAAAGGGCGGGUAGCUACAUUCAUCGGUCCUUAGGGAAGUGACAGCUGGCUCUUCCCCUGAGCAGCACAGUUGGACAGAAUCCAGCGUCCAUCCCUCCUACCUUCCCAUCCAGAGUUUGUUUCCCACGAGGGUGCUAGCACCAGCCAACCAUUCCCGUGUGUCGCACGUGUACACAUGACCACAUACACCAGAGCAGGACUCCUCAGAUGAGUCUAGACUUGAGGACCACAGAAAACACACCCCUGCACCUAGAAGGGCUUUGGGAUCGGGGGCAACCUGGUGGGGGCAAGUGGGACCUCCCCAUCUGUACUGAGGCUCCAGCCUUGCACCUCACCUGCCCCUCACUGCCCAAGACCACCUUGACCCUUGAGGUCUUUCUCCCUGCACCAGACCCCAACUUUGACCUUUCACCUUCUCUCUCUCCUGAAGGAACUCUUCUGUGUAGACACAGGGCCCAAGGCCUUACCUAAGCUGAGAGGGAGUGCAGGGUCUGCUACAUGUAUCCUUCUCUGGUAGGUUACCAUUUUGCACGUCUGCUUUUCCACAUGGGCACUGGCCCCAGCUCUCUGCCUUACCUGUGUCAUGGGCACUUCAGCGGAAAUACAUCGGCCAUUUUAACCAGCCUCGGGGUGUUUCUUUGUGGGUGGGUGGGGUCUUGAGAGGGGACAGGAGUGGGCAAGAUGGGGGUUCUAGCUAUCUGAUCAUCUCCCUAAGUUUGGGGCUUCUGGGCAGCUCCUCUCCCACCUCUGGUCCCUCUUGGUUAUCCCCGCACCCUAAGCCAAGUUAGACGGGAAAGGGACUCUUGGGGCUCCAAGGUACAUGGUGACCAGGGUGAGCAUAUUCAGAACCAGAAAGGCAGGAGCUAGCACCUCCCUCUCACGCUGGGUACACUUGUCCUGGCCUGUUUUGCCUCACCCGUCCUUUACAGCGUAUGCUCAAAACAUCAUGGCACUGCAGAGCAGGGAGGAACAAGGAGCCAUGUCUACUUCUAGGGCCUUCUACUGGAAGAAGCCCCUACUGAUACAGGAGGCAAAGACUUUACUGACCUCCGGGCUAGGACUUACGCCCAGGUGUGUCUGCUUCAUGACCUAUCAUGAAGUCAUGGCAAAUUGAAUCUGAGAUCUUGUUCCCAAAUCCCACAAGCCCACAGUGUAAGGCUCAGGCCGGGGCCAUCUCCUUUUUCACCUGGGUUGGUGAGCAGAGAUUUGGAGUGGUUUCUUCCUGCAUGCAGUAGCCAUGGAAGGAUAAAGGACUAGAGGGUCUGAGUUAGGCCCAGACUUGUCCCUUUUCCCCAGCCCAUCGAAGGAUGCUGGGUGCAAACCCACCCCACUAACGAUGUCCCACCAACAUCUAGGAGGUGUUCUCCCAAGGACUUUAAAGCAAAUAAAACAUAUGUUGUUCAGA